UGCACUCUCCCAAGAAAAAAGAAAAAACUCUCUAGCAAUACACACCAAACUGAGCAUGUGCAGAGUGUCCCUGAGGCUUUGAUCUAUCAGGAGAUGAAAUGGGGAACAUGGAAGAAGGGGAGGAUCAGAGAAGACAGGAUCAAUCAGCCUUUUUACACAAUACAGAGGAUUAACCCUUUUAGUUCCACCGUGAAUAUAACAAGCAUGUUUUACUGCCAGGGGCGGACUGAGAACUCAUGGGGCCCCCGGGCAAUAGGGGAUCAUGGGGCCCCUGUGUCCUUGCCCAUACUCAAAAAAGCCUAU